ACAAAUGUCGACCGACUUGCCCGGAUCUUUCAUGCCGGCGUCAGAUUCUUCUGUAACUCUUCUAGGAAAUACCCCCCUCGACAGCAUCAGAUCGGAGCUACACAGUGCUCACGAAACACUCGUGGACAUUGUCACGUCACUGGGAUGCUCUUUCGACCAGAUCGAGGAAUACACAACUCGUAGCAAACACCUUGUAUCAUGUCCUUAUGUUCUCUCUCAUCGUGUGCCCCAAAAGUUCUUGGAGCGACAUGUUGAGAGGUGUAAGGCGAAGCCCUCGGACAGAGUAUCUGAGCACAAUACAGAUCUGCGUAGGGUGGAAGACGCAGCGCAGACUGGGUUAGGAAACCCGAAAAGGUCGUAUGACCAGCUAGGGGAGCCUUCCACACCACUCGUUGGGCAACGACAAUCGGAGGAUAGUACAGCUAUACAGCAACCAUUGACUAGGUACCUUCCGAAGCAUCUUCAAGGCGACCCCAUCAAACGACGUCGAAAAGCUUACCGGACGAAAGGGAGAAACAAACGAUCAUUGCGAGAGAUCAUGCGAGAUGUCAUUGACGGCUAUAUGGCCGAUAUUGCCAAUGACGAUGAAAAGUCCCAGCCAAACCGUACAUAGAGCCUGUUUCCUGUUGCCCAUUUGUACAUAUUCGCAGUUCAAUCUCAUUGGAGUGCUGUUACAGUGUGGUAGACUUGUCUAGGAACUUUUGCCAAUGCACAAGACAGAUGGCAGCCAUUCGCCUGUUGAGCCAAUUCGAUCAUUGCCGUCAGUGGAACGGGUGUAUGAAAG